AUGUCGACUACAACAACUCUUCUGGAUGCAGAGUUGAAAGAGAUUUGCAAACCAAUAGUAGAUGUCAUUUUGAAAACUAUUGAAGAAGAAGAAAGAUACAACAUUAGAGAUGUAAAUGAUUAUAUUCCAACCUUGACAUUCAAAAACACCAAAAAUAAACAUGUAUCCUAUUUUUUAGCACUUGGUAAGUUUUUCAGAUUAAAAGGUUUUGAAGAAGUUUUUAAAUUCAUUUAUCAUCCUCAAGAUCCCAAUAAAUUCCCUCAAGAAUCAUGGAAUGAAAGAAUUAAUAUGCUUGUCUGUAAUGUAUUAUUUUCCACUGCACCUGAUUAUCAACAUCAAUUUCAUGAAACUUUGACAGGACAACAAAAUCUUUAUUAUUUAAUGAUUGUAACCAAAUAUGUGGUUCCUGAAUAUAUAGCAAGAAAUAAAUUCAAUCAACUUACUUAUUCUCCUCGGAUGAAUUUUUUACGAUUCCAACUUAAAGUAACAGAAGUCACAUCAUUAGCAAGAAGAAGUGGUUAUCCAGUUAAUGAUAGAGAUGUUGUAAUGACAAUAAUUGGCAAUAUGCAAAAAUCACCAAAAACUCUGGUUAUUGGUCAGACAGCUUAUAAUUUAAAGAAAUAUGAAAGUUUGUUUGAAUUUUAUGACUUUCUUAAUAUGAUCAGAGAAUAUGGAACAAGUCCACUAGUACUUCGUGCCAUCCUGUUGGACUUGGCCUAG